UUUUUAACGCCAUACACGAUAUUUUAUUGUCAACGUCAAAGAAGUGAAUUUGUUAUCUCGUAGAAAUAUUCGCUGUCCAGUUAGACGCUGGGAUUGAUCCCAUAACUCACCAUAAGUGAAUAUGGGACGCAGGAUCGGUCCAUACACACUGAAAUGCGGCUGGCCUUUCUUUGAAGGUGGCUUUCUCUAACCCUCCCACAUCUACAGUACUGUACACACGUGAAGUUGUCUACUAUGGAACUUGUCCUAGAUGUUCUAAGCAUACUAUGCACGUACGAGUACGUACAUUGUAGUACUCGUACUAGGUAGUUGCACUUCGCACUUUCAAUCGAAAUAGGUGGCUCAGACACAUACUACGGUAUAGCUCGAGCUUGUCACGUCCACGCUUUGGGUGUUGGUGACAGCAACCCAACAUUUUCAGUCCCACCUCUGGCCUCAAGUGUGCCAAGGUAGUAUAGGAAAAGAUGGCGAAUUGAACGAAUGUCGCAGUAUACCCAUGUGACAAAAGUAGUUGAAAUUUUCAACAUCGUCACGAAGAGGUUCAAUUUAUACCAAAAUCGGUGCUCAUGCCUUCGUUGGAACAAUCGCUCUCGGGUUCCUCGGACGAGGGCAGAGGGUUUGUGGGUGGAGGCAAUCAUAAUGAUGGCAUGGUGGAACUCGAGGAUGGCGUGAGGUCGCUAAGUAGCGCUUAUAGUAGUGCGAGUAGCGAGACCAUCCGCUCACAAACAGUGACGUCAGAGUCCAUACUAAAUGCAGACAAAGACCAAGAAGAAUUGCGACCAGGUGUCAAGGAGUGGAUCGCAGAGGAACACCAAGAGAACGAGGCCAGCAAAAAGGAUUGUGUUGCAACUUCAAGUCCACAUCGGACUGUUCCGUCUGAGCCGCAUCAUACCAGCCAGUCGAUUUUCUCUCCUCCUGAGGGGGACUUGCCUCCCACAUCCCCGCCCAGAACUAGAGUGGUGCCACUGCCCCUGAGCGGCGAAGGCAACAAAAGUGCAUAUACACCUUGUUCACAGAGGAAAGGCCUUCCCCCCAAGGCGGCGAGAAGCAGGCCCAACAGCUUCAGAUCCACGUUUCGUCAGAGUACCGAUGUGAGCGGGAAUUGUGGUAAUGGUGGUGGUGUUGGGGGCUCUGUCCCUCCUUCUUUGGAUACACUUCUCAAGAGCGCGACAGCUGAGUGGGUCCAACCAAACGGUUGCAGUAGUCCCAAAACCAACAAACAGCCUCUCUCGCCUCCAAGUGCGCUCUCGCCCUCAGAUCAAACCCACGGAGCGGGCUCUACCACUCCCAAUCUCCCGAGGAGAUCUUCGUUUCGUGAUCCUGCAACACUCUCCAAGUUGUCGUCACAAAAUCAACAGGAGAGAAGAGGCUCUCUCAAGUCAUUUGCAUCCUCACUCCUUGACAGAAAAGGCUCAUUCAGAACGCUUCUAGGAAAUUCAACCUCACCCCUGCGGGGUUCUUCGGACUCGUUAUUUUCGAAAGUUCAUAAUAAUUCGCAAAGGCUUUCCAGAACGGUGGUCACCAAAAGCACUCCAAACGUGUCAAGCAAAGAUGGUUAUUCUGAGAAGAAGGGAUCGUUCAGAAAUCGGAAAGGCCCUCCACCUUCAGUGCCGCAGUCUCCCAUCAAGAAAGACUCAGGGAUAAGUAUUGGCGAGGCGUUUCAUGACAAUCUUGAGCCUAACAUGACCAAACCACGAACCACCUCCAAGAUUCGAGGAUUAGGCACUUCAGGCGGAAGUUUGAGCACAGAGUCCACGGGCACACUCGAAUUCGAUUCCAGCCUCUCUUCCGUCGCAACCACGUCAAACAUGAAGCUAUCGAAUAGUGGAGAUUUCUCCAUCCCAUUGAAAAAGUUGGAUGUGGACAAGGAAUACGACAUUGUUCAAACCAUAGGUGAGGGUUGGUUUUCUCGUGUCUAUCUAGCGGAACACCGCGAGACUCGACAAGAGAUUGUCUUGAAGGCCAUCAAUUCGAAGACCGUGAGUGUGGACGACUUUUGGCGCGAGUACCAGCACUCCUACUUGCUCUCCGCCCAUCCCAAUGUUCUCACCAUAUUUGAUGUGGUUUUCCAAGCAAAGGAUUAUUACAUGUUCGCUACUGAGUACGCUCCGCUAGGCGAUCUCACCUCCAAUGUGAGCGAUCGGGGCAUUGGCGAGAUGAACACUAAACGCGUGGCCAAACAGAUCGGAUCGGCUUUGGAGUGGGUGCAUUCCAAGAAGCUCUGCCAUUUGGACGUCAAGCUAGACAGUGUCCUUGUUUUCAAGUCCGACUUCAGUUGGGUUAAGCUCUGUGACUUUGGUGCUGUUCGCUCACAGGGUGACAUCGUGAUAAAGAAAAAUGAGUUACUGCCCUAUUGUCCACCGGAGUUGGUAGCCAAGCAUGCGAAUGAGUACUAUCAAGUCGAUAAAGUCCAAGACGUCUUCCAGUUUGGGAUUGUUCUGUUCUUUUGUCUUUUCGGGAUCCUGCCGUGGCAAAGAGCGGAUGUGACGGAUCCUUACUAUUCAGAGUUCUUCGCUUGGCGGAGCAAAAAGACAAGCAAGCCUCCGAAACAUUUCAAACCCAUGACGACUCGAUCCCAGAAGCUCUUCCGCAAGCUUAUGGAUGUGGAUCCAGCUAAACGUCUUCUCCUCCAUGAAAUUCCCAAGUACACUGACGACAAAUGGUUGAAGAAGGUGCCCAAAUCUCCAUUCAACGGAUCGGGAUCCGAUCCCAAACAGAUUUCGGACGGCAUCUCGCAAUUGACCAUGGGCAGCUUCCAAAGUGUACAUUCCAAUGCGGUCGAGAAGAACAAAGUCCUUUAUACCCUGCUACAGCAUGGCGUUGAAACGACGGUGGAUCGAUCUCAGAAGAACUCUCGUAUUAUCAAUUGGAUCCAACACGGACAAGCUAUUCAAGAGGACACGGGAGGAUCGUCAACCUUGCCAACGGACCAACUCAAUCUGGAAUGAUCAAACGCAUUUUCAGGGAUUUUGACUACUGAUCCAAUGGAGCCUCCUGUGGAACCUAGAAAAUAAUUGGGCCUCCAUCAAGUUGGCCUGAAUCCUUGACACCCUUUGCUUCUGAGCUUGGAUGGGAUUUGAGGAGUUCUGGCGCAAUUGGACAUUGUUGCAUGAUAUCAGUCCCCAAAUGCUAUGACAAACAAAGCACGAACGAACCUACUUAAUCAAUACAGUAAUCUCCCAACUACACCAGCAUAACCUUACUACCAAAGAACCAAAGACCGAAAUAGCACUUCACCUUGAAGACGAAAAUCCAACAAUCGAUAAAGACUACCACCGUCACCAAGAAAGUACAUUAUGAAGCGGCAAUUUGGGGAAAGGGAGGGUAAGCGGAAGAAGACUUAAAUGUGAUGUAUCAGGUACAAAACCAAGAAUAAAUUCGCACAUUGAAUGUC